AUGCCUCGUAGAAGGAUUUUUCAGGCCGCCGAAAUUAGAUGCGGGGCGACGGGCGGCAGCCCGAAGGUGACGCUGCAGGGCGACGGGCGGCGGCCCGACGAGAAGCUGCGGGGCGACGGGCCGCGGCCCGACGAGGAGCUGCGGGGCGACGGGCGGCGGCCCGACGAGAAGCUGCGGGGCGAGGGGCGACGGCCCGACGAGGAGCUGCGGGGCGACGGGCGGCGGCCCGACGAGAAGCUGCGGGGCGACGGGCCGCGGCCCGACGAGGAGCUGCGGGGCGACGGGCGGCGGCCCGACGAGAAGCUGCGGGGCGAGGGGCGACGGCCCGACGAGGAGAAGAGAUGA